UGAUUCUGUGUUAGCUGUUCGGGUUUUAUAGCUGCCGAGGAACUUUCAAAGGCAACUACCAGAAGGUGUUGUAAAUCGAAAGUGUCUCUCUGUCCACAAAUACAUGUACGCAAAGAAUCACUUAGUACAGUAACCUUAUGACGAUACUACACAGCUGCCUAGCAUGGAAAGAGAAGUUAAGCAAGUUGUAGCCUUCCAAUACUUCUGCAUGCUGAACGCGGCAAUGGAACACCCUAGGUGACUGCAGCUGUCAGCUGUGCAGGGAAGCGUCAAAGGUUCCUUUUCUGUGACAUUGGACGAGCAGGGGGCCGAUCGCCGCGCUCAUCGCUGCCGUCGCAAGGCCCCCUCUCUUCCGCGGACAUGUGUCUGUCACUAAUUUGCUUUGGCGGGUGGGACGUCAGCCUUCGCGUGCGCUUUACCGUCGCAAAAUGGCUCUAUUGUGUCGGGUUUACAGCCACAGCCAUCGCUGUGUGGGUACUUCGCGAUUAUGGCGGCGAAUUCUUGGCUCGGGAAGUCAGCUCCUUCAAGUUAUGCAAGCAGUCCUCCGAUCCCACCCUGGUCCGCUCCUGUGCCGGCAAGGAAGUGGCCCUGCGGGUCAGCUUCGCCAACCUGAUCUACUUCGGCGCCCACCUGCUGGGGUGUCUGCUGCUCACGCGGUCUGAGGACCCCCGUGUGGAUCUGCAUGCGGGGCUGUGGGUGUGGCAGUUGGUCACGUGGCUGGGCUCCCUGAUCGGCUUCAUGUGGCUGCCCAAUACGGCACUGUACGGAUACGCCCAGUUUGCCAGAUACGCCAGCGGUGUCUUUCUCAUCUUACAGCUGGUGCUGCUCGUCAACUUUGUGUACGAGAUCAACGAGUGGCUGGUGGAGAGGGACACGCGGGCCGCCUGGGCGGUGCUGGUGGGGGGCACUGCAGUCAGCUUUGGGGGGGGACUGGUAGGUGUGGUCCUGACGGGCAUCACCUACCACUACUACGCCCCAACCGGCUCGUGCUCACUCAACCUGUUCUUCAUCACCUGGAACCUGGUGGUGGGGCUGCUGCUGGUGGGGGUGCUGUUCGUGCCCGGUAGGGCCCCCACCGCCGGGCUGCUCACCUCGGGGGCGGUCUGGCUCUACUGCUCCUACCUCACCUACUCGGCGCUGGCAUCUGAGCCAGCCAACCGCUGCGUGCGGGGCGGCGGUGUCAGCGCGGGCGGUUGGGUGGGGGUGGUGGCGUUCUUCAUCGCCCUGGCCGCCGUCAUCUAUACGACUCUGGAUGCAGGUAUCCGGGACAUGUUCGGGGGGGGCAAGAGUGCAGCAGGCUCUGGAGGUGAUGACGACUCACAGGAGCUGCCGUACCGUCCCGACUUCUUCCACUUGGUGUUUGCCACCGCCUCCUGCUACCUGGCCAUGCUCUUCACCAACUGGGCCGUCAGUCAGUCCACCACCGCCUUUGAGAUCGACAAGGGCUGGGCCAGUACCUGGGUCAAGGUGGCGAGUGGCUGGGUGUGCGCGCUGCUGUACGGCUGGACGGUCAUAGCCCCGGCUGUCCUCAAGGACCGGGAUUUUGGAUUUCCCGUUUGAGGGCCCGACCUGCACCUGCUCGGGGCCCCACCAGCACCAGCACAUUGGUCUAUUUUCGCUCCUAUGCGGGGUGACAGGGGGCAGGGGGGCUCUUGGGCUAGCAGAUACCGGGUGGUGCUCGGAGCCACCACUAAGUUCCUCCCAGUGUUUGCUCCCACCCAGCGGGCCCCGCGGUGUGGGGCUAGGUUGGACAACACUGGGUGCUCCCCUUUUGGGGGGGAAGGGGGGAGGGUGUUCGCAGGAGUCUGGGCAGGGCAGGGCAGAUCGCGAUGGCUCAUUACUCACGUGCAGAUGAUUUUGUGUGCGUUGUGGUGUGGUGUGGUGCGGUGUGGUGAAGGCUCAAGAUUUAUUUUGGCGCCAUCGUGAUUGCGGGGUACACCCACCAGAGGGGGGGGUUGCCCGGAAAGUAAUAAUACACGAAACGACCGAAAGAAAGAAAAGAGACGCCUGGAUGGAAGAGAUCUUAGUACUUAAAUGGAUGCUCCGAUGGCUGAACUCGUCCAGCGGCCCUAAAUCCUUUCUGAGGGGUUGUACGGGUGGCGGAUGUGCGAAUAGGGUUACUCCGAGUGGGCCGCGAGUACACCCCCCCGUGUAUUUAAUAGUUUUUAAUAGUGUGCUGUGUGUGUCUUGUGCACGGUUGCGAACCACAAUGGCAAGCCGAGGGGGAGGAAGUGGCUUGUUCUGGCGCCAACUGCUUUCCAGGUAGACAGACAAACAGACAGACAGUGUUACCCGGGUACUCAGUAUCCGCACUUUUAAGGGAGGAGAGCUCU